AUGGAUUCUCUCUUCAAUUCUCUGCUUCGUCCUGCUGUUCAAAUGGCCAGAAAUUUAGUCCUAAACGAUUCCGACGACCAAAUUGAGCAGAUGCGCGGUGACCGAGAAGAGGAGGAGGUGGGACAAGGAGGGGAGGAAGAGGAGGACAACAACGAAGAAAGCAUCCGCAGUGACGUAGCAUCGAGUGAGAGAAGUGACACGAGUGUGCAUCAAUCUAAUGAAUCGGGUACUGGCAGAACUUCGGGGUCAACUAGAAGGAGCAGCAGUCGUUCGGGAAGUACCAGCGGAGGGCGUGAGCAAAGUGGGGAGACCAACACAGGGGGAGAGGUGUGUUUAAUUUUGAAUAUUGUCUUAGAAAAAUGUUUAUUUUUUUCUUUUCAGACAGAUGCCAGCGAGCAAGCAUCGUUCGUGGAUGAGUUGCCGAAUGAUUUGCUCUCUACGCGUUCUGCCCGUUCUCGUUCGCCUCCUCGAGGAGAGUCUGGAGUCACUACUGCCAUCAGCAAUUCGGAGACUAAUACGGCUCUUGGUUUGUCACCUGCUCGUCGACGGGCCUGGGACAAUGAGUAUGACGACGUUAAAACCGCCAGAGUCUGCCAGAGUGAGGAGAACUUAUUGGCAAGUGUGGGAACGUUCAAAUGCUGA